AUGCUCGCUCGAGCUGCUGNGCCUCGAAGGGCCAGCGGAGGGCGGAGCACGCUCUCCUCGCAAGCGACGGUAGCGGUGGGGGAGGAGCGCCGGGCCGCGGAAACGGCGGCCGCCGCAAGCGUGGCGGCGGCGGUGGCGGCGGCGGCGGCAACCAGAAGGGGAGAGUGGGUGGCGCGAAGGCUGGUGGCGGCGGCGGAGCCGGCGACGACGAUGCGGGUGGCCGACUGCACCGAGAGCAAGCCCGUGCGAUGUGAGACAUGCAAGGGCUACGNGGCCAACUGCCCCGAGAGCAAGCCCGUGCGAUGUGAGACAUGCAAGGGCUACGGGCACAAGCGCAAGUGCCUGACCGAGGAGGCGGCGCUCGUGGUGGAAGUGCCGGCGGGGGGGGCCUCGGCGGACGCCACAGCACUGGACGUGGCAGAAGGGGCGCUGGUGGUCGGGUAUGGCGACGUGACGGUAACCCUUAGCUCGCGCGACGGUACAACCGACCUGUUGUUGAAACGAGUUGCACGCGUUCCUCGACUUGAUCACAACCUAGUAUCUCUCACUUGCCUCUUCGACGACGGAUUCGAAACCAAAACCCUCAAUAAACACGAGUUGGAAUUGGAGAGAAGGGGGGGGGAGUCGAUGUACUUCCCCCGAUGCGAUAACCUGUACGUCCAAAAAGGUUUCCGCACACACACCGAACAUGCUUAUGCCGCAAUUCCUCCUGGCAACGGGAAAGCGUCCAGCGCCCCCGUUGACAUCAACGAUUUAAAGUGCGCGCACGGCCACGCCCACGAGGUGCUGCUGAGGACCACGGCGAAGCAGCAGGGGACGACGAUGGUGGACGAGCUCUUGGAGUGCCUGGGGUGCUCGACGGCGAAGGGGCUUUCCAAGCCCAUCCCCAACAAGACGUCGACCCGAGCAAUGAACGAUGCCGAGUACUUCCAGUCCACCACCCUCCUCCGGUAUGCCGGAAAGCUGGGAGGUCUGUACCCGGAUGAUGCUCUCGCCGCCCUCAAGGUGGACGAGAUCGUGAUGAUCGCGGAGGACGUGUUGACCAACAUGUCCAAGUGCACGGGCCAGAAGGACGACACAGUCGCCAAGGGAGUACUCGUGGGAAAGAUCAAGACCCUGGUGGACAUGCUUGUCGCCAAGCUUGCGGCUAACCCGUCCUCCAUGUUCUUCGUUGGCAACUCCCCCAACAUCGCGGACCUCCAGGUGCACGCCGUGAUCAAGAACUCCCAAGCGAACUUCCUGACGGGUCUCCCCACGACCCACAUCGUGGACACCGCUCCCACGCUCAUGGAAAUGGAGGCUGCCCUCGUGGAGGACCCCAAGGUGGUUGGGAAUGGAGACACGGACGAACUCGUCCCCUCCGUUGGUUCUGGCUCUUGGUGUGGAGUAGUACGUGACAAGGGCCCGGGGGACAGCUGGCUUGAGGGAUUCAUGGCGAGGCACCCGGGGUUGUCGGAGCGCGCUACCCACAUCUACGAAGCAAACCGGAUCAACGUAGACGACGAGCCUCGCCUUGAAGCCUUCUACGGGACAUGGGAAGCGUACCUCGCGGAGACCAAGCUCACGCCGGACCGCAUCAUCAAGACGGACGGGACAAGUUCCACCCCGCAAGGUACAAAGUCGGUGAAGGCUAUCGUGCCAACAGGCACCAAGGUGCCCGGCGCGAGGCGCUCCAACUCGCGAGAAAAUACAACGGUGGUCGCCAGCAUCGGCCCCGACGGCCACACCUACAACCCUAUCAUCAUCUACAAAGGCCAGCGUACACAACCCGCUUGGAUCCAGGACAAGAACGGCGUCCCCGAUGCGAAGUACACCGUCACGGAGCCAUCCUUCAUCCAGAGCCACGUGUUCCUCGACUACCUUCGAGACCUCCGCGAACAGCUCGAUGCACGCGGCUUGCAGGGCAGAGUUCCCCUCGUGCUCGACGGCCACGCCUCGCACAAGACCUUCGACGCCAUCAGCUUGGCCAUCUCUCUGGACAUCGACCUCUUCCAGCUCUCGUCCCACACAUCGCACAUCACCCAGCCCUUGGACGUUGGUACGUUCGGAACCUUCACGAAGAAGCUCACCAGGGUGCUCACGGCCUACCCACUGAAAAUCGGGGGGAGGAGUCCGGUGAAGCGCGACAUGGCUGGCGUGAUUGCAGACAUGGAGCGGGAGCUUCACGCCUGCGAACAACAUGGCGGCGUUCAAAGGGGCGGGCUUGUGGCCGGUGAACAUGGAGAAGGCCAUCAACCGACUACACGGCAAGAGGAAGCAACGGGAGAAUGACCGCCCGAUCCCUGAUGACCUCGCCGUCGUUGCCUCUAAGAAGCAGCUCGAAGAAGAUCUCGGCCACGCUGCCCUCCUGGAGCUGAAACGACACGGUGUGAUGAUCGAGGGGCUCCGCGUGAACACCGUGUUCCUCGGCGGGCUCACCCACCUCACCAAGCGCUCCAAGUCUUUCGCGACCGUUCGGGCGGGCGGGGGGAAGCCCGAGGGCGGUCUCCUGUCCGCCGAAGAACGCCUUGCCAAGGCCAGGAAGGACAAAGAGGAGAAGGAGGCAGCUGCGAAAGUACAGGCGGACAACGCCAAGGCCCGUACAGAGGCAUGGGCAGCGAGGGAGGCCAACCUUGGGCAGGGCGGCGGGCGGGGAGCUGGAGGGCGAGGCGCAGGGAGGAGUGGGGUGCGGGGAGAGGGAAGGGGCGGGGGGCGGUGAGAGAUGAGCGUGGGGGGUGGGCAAAACUGUACACGGACGGAGGUCGGGGGGCGCGGCUGUGGUGGGCGUCAGGAAGGGCGAGACGGGCGCGGCCAGAGAAAGGGUGGCCGGGGCCGCCCCGCUGGUGCUCGCGGAGAGGGAAGGGGGCUAGUGGGCGGGUGGGGGCCGGUGCUCGCGUCCAAGGAAGAGCGGGACGGCCGAGAGGGGCGGUGGUUCCCCUUGGUUCAGCCGCCGCCGCCAGCGGCCCCUUUUUUCUCUCGAGGACGGCAACGAGCCCCGACACCAAUCGUUGAUGUGUAGACUACAUGCUGCACGGUUAUCGGUUUUUUUUUCGAGUGAAGGAUGAAUUAUUCGAGUGAGACAUACAGAAAACGUCAGUUGAGUGUCGAGGUGCCGAUAUGCAUUCCAGGGUUGUGCUCUAACAGCUUUUGGGGGUAGUUUUUCGAGCGUCCCACGGGGGGGGAGGGGGGGUGUAGAGAAAACGUCAGUUGAGUGUCGAGGUGCCGAUAUGCAUUCCAGGGUUGUGCUCUACCAGCUUUUGGGGGUAGUUUUUCGAGCGUCCCACGGGGGGGGAGGGGGGAUGGGGGGUGUAGAGGUGUUUUCCGGAACCCCGGGGACGUUGAAAUGCUGUCCCCGGGCCUGAAGGGCUAUUGAUUGUUUUGGCUACUUUGCGACUUGAGCUGAUCGUCUUGAAAGGACCUUUCGAUGGGGCGUUCGAGUGGUGGAAAGCAGGUGCGAUUUUCUGCGAGAAGUCUCACCGUAGUGCCAAGCUGCUUUUUGCCUGGCCCAGUUUACGUAUUGAAUGUAUGUAGUCUAUGUAAAGAG